CCACGGAAGGCAGGAGUGGGGGGAGCGCGGGCAAUGGGCGACCCUGAACUAGCUGGCCGCGCACGGGACAGAGCAAGGGUGCUGGCGCCCCCAGAACGUCAGGGACAUACCGUGAGGGAGGGCCCAGCUGCUGGGCCCUAUGGGGCCGGGGUCUGACAUCUGGACAGAGUGGGAAAGCAGCAUCCUGCCCUUGGGGAGUCGGGAGGAGCCCAGUCCCAUCCAGCUGUGCAAACAGGAGGAGGAGGAGGAGGUCCCAAGCCUACCCUAGGGAGAGGGGCAAGAGGGGUGGUCAGGCUGUCGCCGCGCCGGCCCCCGCGGUGCGGGUUGCGCCAGCCUCCUCGGAACCCGACGCAGAAACUUGUUGCAACAAACAGGCGACCGCGGGUGCCCCUAGCAGCCAGCGGCGGAGUGGGUGGGCGGUCGAGAGGGAGGGGAAGGCUGGCGGACGCCGCAGCGAACUGGUGGGCAGACCCGGAGUCGCCGCGUAAGCGGGGCCGGCUCAGUGCGGUGCAGCAGGCGCGGCUGUGCGGCAGCGGAAGUCCUUUGUUGCAGCACAGUCCCUGGCAGAGCCAGAGCCUCUCCGCGCAGCCCAGCCCGAGCGCCGCGCGUCGCCGCCACUGCAGCUCGCGGCCCCUUCGUCUCCGCCCGCCUUUCCUGUGGCUGAUUUGCCUUAAACUCCCUAAAAUUUCCGCAGCCCCGGAUCCUGCUGCGGCCGGUCUCUAAUUAAUAGAAGAUGGCAAAGCCCAGCCACAGCAGCUACGUCCUUCAGCAGCUAAACAACCAAAGGGAAUGGGGUUUUCUCUGUGACUGUUGUAUCGCAAUUGAUGACAUUUACUUUCAAGCACACAAAGCAGUUCUAGCUGCCUGUAGCUCCUAUUUUAGAAUGUUUUUCAUGAACCAUCAGCAUAGUACUGCACAACUGAAUCUCAGCAACAUGAAAAUUAGUGCCGAGUGUUUUGAUCUCAUUUUGCAGUUUAUGUAUUUAGGAAAAAUUAUGACAGCUCCUUCCAGUUUUGAGCAGUUUAAAGUGGCAAUGAACUACCUACAGCUGUACAAUGUUCCUGACUGCUUAGAAGACAUACAAGACGCAGACUGUUCCAGUUCCAAAUGUUCAUCUUCUGCUUCUAGCAAACAGAACAGCAAAAUGAUAUUUGGGGUAAGAAUGUAUGAAGACACUGUGGCCAGAAAUGGCAGUGAAGCCAGUAGGUGGUGUGCAGAGCCAAGUUCAACAGUAAAUACACCACAUAAUAGAGAGCCUGAUGAAGAAUCUUUGCAAUUAGGUAAUUUUCCUGAACCACUAUUUGAUGUGUGUAAAAAGAGUUCUGUGUCCAAAUUAUCAACUCCAAAAGAACGUGUGUCACGACGCUUUGGACGGAGUUUUACCUGUGAUAGUUGUGGAUUUGGCUUUAGCUGUGAAAAAUUAUUAGAUGAGCACGUGCUAACCUGUACUAACAGACAUUCUUACCAAAACACAAGAUCCUAUCACAGAAUUGUGGAUAUCAGAGAUGGAAAAGACAGUAAUAUCAAAACUGAAUUUGGUGAAAAGGAUUCUUCUAAAGCAUUUUGUGCACAGACGGACAAAUACAGAGGAGACACAAGCCAGGCCGCAGAUGAUUCAACUUCAACCACUGGAAGCAGAAAAAGUAGCACAGUGGAGACUGAACUAGCCAGUGAAGAAAAAAGCAGAGCUGCCGAGAGGAAAAGAAUCAUUAUCAAGAUGGAACCGGAAGAUAUUCCUACAGAUGAACUGAAAGACUUUAACAUUAUUAAAGUUACUGAUAAAGACUGUAAUGAGUCCACUGACAAUGAUGAAUUAGAAGACGAACCUGAAGAGCCAUUUUAUAGAUACUAUGUUGAAGAAGAUGUCAGUAUUAAAAAGAGUGGGAGGAAAACUCUAAAACCUCGGAUGUCAAUAAAUGCCGAUGAAAGAGGUGGUCUAGAAAACAUGAGGCCCCCAAACAACAGCAGUCCAGUACAAGAGGAUACAGAAAAUGCAUCUUGUGAGCUUUGUGGGCUUACGAUAACCGAGGAGGACCUGUCGUCUCAUUACUUAGCCAAACACAUCGAAAAUAUCUGUGCAUGUGGCAAGUGUGGACAAAUCCUUGUGAAAGGAAGACAGCUUCAGGAACAUGCCCAGAGGUGUGGAGAGCCCCAAGAUCUGACGAUGAACGGGUUAGGAAAUGCCGAGGAGAAAAUGGACAUGGAAGAGAAUCCUGAUGAGCAGUCUGAAAUAAGGGAUAUGUUUGUUGAGAUGUUGGAUGAUUUUAGGGACAAUCAUUUCCAGAUAAACAGUAUCCAAAAAAAGCAGUUAUUUAAACAUUCUGCCUGUCCUUUUCGAUGUCCUAAUUGUGGCCAGCGUUUUGAAACUGAAAAUCUAGUGGUUGAACAUAUGUCUAGCUGCCUAGACCAAGACAUGUUUAAGAGUGCCAUCAUGGAAGAGAACGAAAGAGAUCACAGACGAAAGCAUUUUUGUAAUCUGUGCGGAAAAGGAUUUUAUCAGCGGUGUCACUUAAGAGAACACUAUACUGUUCAUACUAAGGAAAAGCAGUUUGUUUGUCAGACAUGUGGAAAGCAGUUUUUAAGAGAACGUCAGUUGCGACUGCACAAUGAUAUGCACAAAGGCAUGGCCAGUGGUCAAAUAGGGCCUUCUAAACAUCUGGAGAUGUGAGAUCUGAAUUUGGAGAGGACAUGGGGAAGAAUCAAUCUUCAACAGAUAAUCUAUAAGUCCAGACCCAGGAAUAUCAGAUCUGAAGUGACACCAUCUUUUCUGUCUUCUGACAAACCUCUUCAACCCCAAAAGUUCCAGUUGCAAGGAUCCAAGAAAACUCAGUAAAGAUCACUUCGGAAUCAUUCUGUUGUGAAAAAAAAUUGAUUCGUGGUGACUCUCCUAAUCUAUGAUUUGUGGAAAAUCUGCUAAAGAAAAAUAACUAGAUUAUUCAUAAGGCAUCAGUGCUUAAAGCGAUAUUAAAAUGAAACUUUAUAUGCUAAUUAUCUUCAAGGGUCCCUCCUAAAAUAAAAGGGCUUGCUAGGCUACUAUAAAUACAUUAUAAAGUGAGAUAAUCGCAUAUCUGUGUAAACAUAUAAUUCUAAACUUAAAACUUAAAUUGGAAUUAUAGGCUUACAUCAUCAUAAUUCCAAAUUGAAUUAUAGCUUACAUAUCAUUUUUAGACAGUUUUAAAAAUUACACCCCAAAAUCUGUAGAGUAUAAAUAAAAAGAUGUGGGUAGAGAAAAAAGCACUUAUGACCAAUAUUUUAACAGGAAAAGAUAAUCUAGUUAUCACUUACUGUUUAAUGCAACAUUUGCCUUAACUCUUUUUUCACUGUAUAUACCAGACACAAAUUCGAUUAUUAAUGAGGCUCCCUUUUCAGUCUGUUACUUGAAAGAAAAACAGAAGUGGUAUUACUUCGAUAGUGGUAUAUUUUCACAAAUCACAAAUAAAAAGAAACUAUCUUGACAUAUUUUCUUCUCAACUUAGCAAUAUAACCUAAUAAGCCAGAAUAAGUUUCUGUUAAACAUCUAUUCUUGGUAUUAAUGAAUAACAUCAUGCUUCGCAGCUUUCAAAUUUCAGGAUAAAAUUAAACUAAGUAUUGAAUGAAACAAUGGUUAACAUAUCUUAAAAAACCUCUCAUGGGAAAAUGAAAUGUUUGUGAGGUUUUUACCUGGAGAUAGAUAGAUAGGUAGGUAGAUAGAUAUACAUACACACAUUUCUUAACCGUAUGAAUCUUAUAGACAUGUUGUGUCUUUGUGAAUGUAUUUGUAGUUUUACUUUUGAUUAACUGCAUACCCAAUUCAUCAUCAUCAUCCAUAUUGUUGUUUCUCCUGUAAUAUCAAGAUGUUAUAUAUUUUCAGAAGUGUUUACUUUCUUUGUAUGCCUAUGUCUUCAAAUGUUUUAAUAAGGAGUUGCACAAAGAGAUCUAACUUAGAGUACACAUAAUAGAACAUGCAGAAAUUGUCAUUUAACACUUCUAUCUAUAAAGUAGAAUGAUAACUUGAACAUUCAUUCUAAUAAUUAAACUAACAGAAAAUCAGAAAGAGUUAAUUAAAGUAUGAUAGUGGGUACAAGGGUGAGAAGGGAGACAAGAAAUCCACUACAGACUUCUGAUUCACAUGAAUUCACAUGCUUUAUGAGAGAAGUAAAUAAGCUUAGGGAAAUGUUAAGAAUAUAAAACAAAAACUAUAGCUAAUAUCUUUUGGAAACAUGAAGAAGCAUAUAGAACUUAAGACUUCUAGCAAAUAAAUAGGAAACAGAAAAGAUAAAAGAAUGCUAUCAAUAAUUAAAAGUGCCAGAUCACUAUAGUUGAAAAAACAACUUUUGAUUAACUGAUGGAAUUAAGAUUUACAAAAAAAUUAUGGCUUAAAUUUUGACUGUACUAAACUACAGAUGUAAUGAAUUACAAUGAUAAGUGAUAUAAAUGCAUUCUAUAAUGUGAUUAUUUUCUGUAUGUUAGUUUAAAAUGGAGUUACUGGAUUACAUAGAGAAUUUGUCAUAAUUUUUAAUCCAUUGCUUUUACCUAAUAAAAUUUCCUCCUCUA